CAACUUGAAAGGAACUAAUAUGACAAUUGACAACAAAACGUGGAGAACCAUUGAUUCUUCUCAUCUUUUUUAAACAAUACGAAUUCUCUGUCAUCAAUUCAAUCACUAAUGUGACAAUGUCAUUAUUGAAUGCUCAGCAGUUUUUGGGAAGCAUUUACUCACAUUGUCGCGAUGUUCACCUUCCAUAUGUUAAUUUAUCAAAAACACAGAAGAUUUUCAUUAUAUGCUUGACCAGUGGAACAUUACUACUAGGCGGUUUAGCCAAGUAUUUAAAGAGAAGAAGACGGCCAUCUCAUCCCAUUCAUCGUCGGCCCACAAGAGACCUCAGGCAACGAUUAUUAAGUUCCAAACCUGCGAAUUUUGACAUUGUUUCUCAAGUGUCUUGGGCCAAGAGAAGUGAGGCAAGUACUCGGAGUCAUAUUAGUGAUAGAGCUUCUCUGGUUUCUUCAAUUCCUGGAGGACCUGAUGGUGAUGUGAGGCUCACUCCCCAGCAGUACGGCGUCUUAGGCCUCGAGGCACUAGAAAAAGCUCUCUAUUGCUGGGAAGAUGCGCUAACGGCAUUCAGCUGUAACUGCGGGAGUAAUGCACUUGCAUUACCGUCCAAAGCGGAUGCAGCCUUCACCCACGAUGUACAACAAUUGCUUGACCUUGGUUAUCAAAUUCAAAGUACGGCUGAGUUGCUGUUCAUCGACCAGCACUCAGUAUUAUUUUGCAAUGAUAGUGACGAAAGUGAUACAAGUCACAAGUGCGCCUCAACAGCACGAUCUGGAGAAAAGGAUAAAGAAAAAGUGGAUGCUGCAUCGUCUCCUGAAUCUUUUGCAUCAGCCAAAGAUGGGGUCGCAGACUUGAGGGAGUUUGAAGAGUUCUCUGAGUUUUUCCCACACUUUGAAAAACAAAAGCUAUACCAUACGGCGUUGAAGCAACACGAGGAUAGGGGUAUUCUUUGCAGGAAAUUACAUACAGAAUUGGUUAAAUGCGGUUCAGACGUUGAAUAUGUAGCAAAAGUCUAUUGCCUGCGACAAGCAUACUCCAGAUUGUUUGCUCGACCUGCAACAGCUGCUUGGAUCGCUGAUAUUGGUCGACAGGUCAUCAGCGAUCUCAUUGUUUACGCCGACAGGGACCCUAAAGACUAUCUCAGCCAUUAUGAAAGGAUGCUGGAUUUUCUCGGUGAUUCUAGUAAUAGUAGGAUCAUGGAAGAGGAGUUGACAGGACGCGGUGUCAAGUGUAUCAACUUUUAUGAUAUCCUCAUUGAUUUCAUUCUUCUCGAUUCAUUUGACGAGGUUGAUAAGCCACCAUCUUCCAUCAAAGCUAUUUUGCAAAAUCGAUGGAUUUCUGCGAGUUUUAGAGAGACUGCAAUUGGCACGGCGAUCUGGUCAGUAUUAAUGGGAAAACGUCAAAUGCUCAAGUAUUCAGACGGUUUCCUAGCUCACUUCUACUCCAUUUCGGAACAAGUAUCCCCAGUUCUCGUUUGGGGCUUCCUGGGCCCAGAAGGAAGUCUGAAUUUAACUUGCAACUACUUCAGAGAACAAAUUAUAGAAUUCUUAAUUGAUAUAUUUGAUUUUUUCAAAGUCAGAUACACGAACAUUGAUAAUCUCGCGGAAGAUAUUUUGCGAGAAAUGAGGACGCGUGUAGAGAAUAUUAAUCAACGCUUAGCACUGGAAGGAUGUUAAUUUAUGAAUGGAAUAACUCAUUAGGUCAUGUAUUGGAUAAUAUAUAUCGAACUUAGUGUUGAAAAAGUAAUUAAAAUCGUGAUAUACAAUGUACGCCGUAUGGAUAAGCUUUUUACAAAUUCUCAUGAAUUUCUCAUUUAUCUCAAUCCCAUUUUUACUUUAGCAGAGUUAUUGAGUCUUCCUGCUCUCCUUUAUCAUUGAAGAUCGUUUAUUUUCUCUCUCAUCCAUUGGAAGGGCUGCAGGCGCUGUAUCGUUAAUAUUUACUCCGUUUCUUACUCGAUUCUACAAAGUUUGUUAUCACAAAUACAAUUUCGUUCGACCAAAAAGAGUCGAAUACUUGUAUAUAUCCAUGUACAGUCGUGAUCGUUUGAUAAUUUUAUAUUAAUAAAUGUUUUUUGAAUCUGGACGAUCAAAACAUCGUUCGCUUACCGAAACCUAAGCUUUACAUACGACAGAGAGAAAAUUUUAGUAAAAAUUACGUAACCGUUCGGUAAUCCUGUUGUUUUUUAGCCGUUCGGAGAAAAUAACCGCAUCGAUUAGGAAAAAUUUUUCCAUUGCUUGGUAACAGUUACCUAGUCCUUCGGGAAUGCUCCCUAACUUUUAGGUAAUUAUUUGCAACCGACUAGAUAACUUUCAUCAAGCAAUCAACAAAUUUUAGAAAUAUGACGUUGAAUUUGAAAACUGUUUUGGGACCAUUUAAUGUUUUAAACUUCUUAUUUUAUGUAAAAUUUAUUAAAGACUUGUGUGGAAUGGA